AUGCUAACCAUGCCAGUUUGUUUGGAGGAUGUGAAGGUCAAAGGGGUUCCUCGGAGCGCCUACUACAUCUCCGACUUCAUCACCCAGGAAGAGGAACAGACGCUGUUGCACAGGAUCGAGAACGCCCCAAAGCCUCGAUGGAAACAGCUGUCCAAACGGCGAUUGCAGAUAUGGCCUUCCGACCUCAGCAAAAACAAUACCCUCCUCGAUAGUCCCCUGCCAGAGUGGCUCAUCAACCCUGUCAUUACGCGCCUUCUCUCAUGCCCUAUCUCGAAAGACAAGCCUCAGACUCAUAUCUUCUCCGACAGUCCACAUAAAAGGCCGAACCUUGUACUCAUCAAUGAAUACCUGAGCGGACAGGGAAUCAUGCCUCACAAGGAUGGGCCGGCUUAUUACCCCGUUGUCUGUACGGUCAGUCUUGGGUCUUCGCUCUGCCUAGACUUAUAUGGGACCAGCGAGGAUGGCACAAGAGAAAUUGAACCGCGGUGGAAAAUAUUGCAGGAGCCUAGGAGCCUGCUCAUAACGACCGGAGAACUGUAUACAGAUUUCAUGCAUGGAAUUGCGGAUGUCCCCAAUGACGUUGAUUUGAACCCAGACACAGUCUCCAACUGGGAGUUGCUUCGAUCGCCCGAUGAAUUCAAAGAUGGACACAACGAGCGCAAAACCCGGGUUAGCCUUACAUAUCGUGAUGUUUUGAAGGUCUCCAAGUUGGGGGGGCAGUUGGGGAUAUUUGGCAAGCGCUGA